AUACGACAAGCCAUAGGACCAGGGCACUUGCCGCGAGAUAUCAAGCUGCAAGCAAACAUUGACGGCGUUCCACUUUUUAAAAGCAGCCAGACAUCUUUUUGGCCCAUUCUUUGCCGAUGUAGCAACAUAACGGCUUCCACACCAUUUGUGGUGAGCGUUUAUUGUGGACCCGGCAAGCCACCGGACCUCCAGAGUUACCUUGCCCCAUUUGUAAACGAAGUUCUUGAUGUUACUUCUAAUGGGAUAGUUAUAAAGGGCACCCACGUCGGUGUGACCCUGACAGCAGUUGUAUGUGAUACACCUGCUAGAAGCUUUAUUAAAGCUGUAGCUGGCCAUAGUGGCUAUUAUGCUUGCGAGAUGUGUACGCAAAAGGGCCAGUACAUGGAAGGGCGAGUGACGUUUCCUAACCUGCAUGCACCCCUGCGUACGAAUGACUCCUUUCGCUCACAAGAGGACAAACAUCACCACAAUGGCCUCUCACCAUUCCUGCCGUUGAGCUUGGAUAUGGUGAUGUGUUUUCCAACUGAAUACAUGCAUCUCGUCUGCUUGGGUGUGAUGCGGCGCAUGCUCAGAAACUGGGUGAGCAGAGGGCAGGGUCCUAGGACAUGCAGGUUGGGUAGGUUUGAGCGCUGCAAACUCAACGAUCAUUUGCGAGAAUGUGCAAGUGCCUUUCCCAGCUGCUUUCAAAGGAAGCCAAGAGGAACAGAAGAGCUGGACCGCUGGAAGGCAUCAGAAUUUCGUACAUUCCUCCUCUACGUGGGGCCUGUAGUGCUUAAAUCUGUGCUCCCAGCGUCACAGUACAAGCACUUUCUGAUGUUUCAUGUGGCAAUCACUAUACUGGUUUCUCCACAGUACCAUGUGGAGUACAAUCAGUUUGCCCGUGACCUGCUGCGAUACUUUGUCCAGCAAUUCGGCAAACUUUAUGGCAGUAAACAGCUUGUGUACAACGUGCACACCCUCAGCCAUCUUGCUGAACAGUGCUUGGUGCAUGGACCCCUCGACGAAUUCAGCGCCUUCCCUUUUGAAAACCAUCUGGGGAAAAUGAAAAAGUUGCUGCGCUCCUCUAACAAGCCACUAUCUCAACUCAGCAGGAGGCUGUCAGAGAUGAGGCAUCUGACUCCGAAGGUGCAGAAGCAAGGGCCACGUGAACUAAAAGCAGGAGACUGUUUUUUACUGGAUGAUGGACCGGCUGUUGUGGUGGAAGUGAAUGACAGCAGUUGUAAAGCUGCAGCCCUACAAAAUCCGAGGGACUUUUACAAAGUUCCACUGCAGUCAUCCUGGCUUCGCAUAUUUAAGUGUGAUGCCUCUAGUGGUGAUGUGAAAACCUGGCGGCUUGAAGACCUUCGUGGCAAAGCACAGUGCCUUAAACUGAGGCGCAAGCGCAACUACAUAGUUUUUCCUUUGUUGCACCUGCAGUGA